AAGCUAUCUGAUUCUUUGGCUUUUAAUGUGAAAAUUUAUGGUGCAGAUGGGGAAUGGGUGUAGACGACACAUAUGAAAUUAAAGGCGUUUGAAUCGCCAUCUCUCCCUCUCUCUCUCUCUCUCUCUCUCUCUCUCUCUCUCUCUCUCUCUCUCUCUCUCUCUUUCUGUCUAUCAUCUAGAAGUCCUAAAAUGUGGAAUGGGCUGGUGUACUUCGCCACCUCAGGGGACAGGAGCUUUGGAAUUUUCAAUGCCAAAACAAAACUACAAUGAGCUAAAAGAAGGAAGCAAGCUCAGCAUCUCUCUCACUGUCUCACUCCCGUAAGCAAAACUUGCAGAAAGAUGGAGGUUGAAUAUCAGGAGGACUACACAAGGAAUUCCAGAGGAGUGCAGCUUUUCACUUGCAGAUGGUUGCCUUUCUCAUCUCCAAAGGCCCUUGUUUUCCUCUGCCAUGGGUAUGGCAUGGAAUGCCGCAGCUCCAUGAGAGGAUGUGGCAUCAGGCUAGCUUGCGCAGGAUAUGCUGUGAUCGGGAUCGACUACGAAGGCCAUGGGCGGUCUAGGGGUGCCCGCUGUUACAUCAAGAAGUUCAAUAACAUUGUUAAUGACUGCAAUAAUUUUUUCAAAUCAGUUUGUGCGCAGGAAGAGUACAGGGAUAUGAAAAAGUUCUUGUAUGGGGAGUCAAUGGGAGGAGCCGUGGCCCUACUGCUUCACAAGAAGGACCCUACUUUCUGGGAUGGUGCAGUUCUAGUUGCACCAAUGUGUAAGAUAUCGGAGAAGGUGAAACCACACCCGGUGGUUGUGAAUAUAUUGACCAGAGUAGAAGAGAUCAUACCUAAAUGGAAGAUAGUCCCCACAAAGGAUGUCAUCAAUUCUGCCUUCAAAGACCCUGUUAAGAGAGAAGAGGUGAGGAGCAACAAGUUGAUCUACCAAGACAAGCCUAGGCUUAAAACAGCCUUGGAAAUGCUCAGAGUUAGCAUGAGCCUUGAGGACAGUUUAAACGAGGUGAAGCUGCCAUUCUUUGUGCUGCAUGGGGAGGCAGACAUAGUGACAGAUCCAGAAGUCAGCAAGGCAUUGUAUGAGCAUGCUAGCAGCAAAGACAAGACCAUAAAAUUGUAUCCGGGAAUGUGGCACGCUUUGACAUCGGGAGAGCCCGAUGGCAAUGUCGAGACAGUCUUUGCAGACAUUGGAGCUUGGCUGGACAAGCGCACCGGGGCAGAUACUGCCCUUGUUGCCAUUCCACAAGGUUACCAUCUUCAUGACCUUACCACUGUGAAACUCACACCCACAAUCCCACUGCAGCCAACAGAGGAAAGACCAAAGCAGCUGAGGACAAAACCCCAAGGAAGUUAUCUCUGUGGGUGGAAGAGGCGCUACACGCACCAUCACUCGGCACUGUAGCCCAAUUUUCUUGGUGCUCAUCGCCAGUCCUAGCCUGUCCCACAUCUUGUCUGAUCUAUGACAACAUUAAAUUUUCUUUUUGUUAGCCUUUAAAAUGUGAAAAAUCAAGCAUGAAAAUCAAGUUGUUACCGAGAAAAACAAUAACAGAGGAGUAUAUUAUAAAGAAAAGGAAAUAGGAAGUGGCUUUUUACGUGUUGAUGUAGCAAA